AUGAAGAUUGAAAUAAGUGCCAUAUUAUUAUUAAGUUCUUUAACAAUAGUCGUAUCCAAGUCUUUCGAUUUGCAAAAGCUUAAAGAAGCAAACAUAAAUGACAUAGACAACGAUAUCAUAGACUUCGACGAUACAUAUUCAGUCAAAUAUGAUAAAAAGUAUGAAGUCCUUCCUUGGGAUGAAAAUAAUUUUCAUAAAGAUAAUUAUAAGUAUACUAUAGAAAAACAAGAAAAGAAAAUUAAAGAUCAAAAUGUAGUUAAUAUUAAGACUACAUCAGAUCCAGCGACUGAAAGUAUACAAAAAACAACAGAACUUAAUCUUAUACCUUUAGAGCUAUUAAGUACAACUGAAAGCGUAUCUGCUAGUGUAACAGAACAUACGCUAGAACCUGAUUUAACUGUGAUACCUCUGAGUACCACACAACAAGUACCACUUAAAAUUAUCAUUAAUCAAACUGUAACAAUACCACCAUCAACUGAAUUAUCAGAAGAUUUUAAUUUCACGACUGUGUUUUAUGAAAUGACAACAAAAGGAUUAAGUUUAAACGAGAGUACAGAAAAUAGUACAGCAGAAAUAACAACCAAUGACAAAUACACAUUUGAGCCUGUAACAAGCGACCCGGUCGUCACAUAUUUAUUAGAAGAAGAUUCGACGGAGUCUAUUCUUGCCAAAAAUAAAAAUGAUGAUUUAAAUGAGGCAAUAAGUAUUGUAAAUGAUAAUAAUGAAACAAUUAGUGAUGAUAAUAGUACAGCAACAAAUAAUGAAGUGCCAAUACUCACAGAAGUAGAUGUAGAAGAUUUAACUGAAGUUCCUGAAGAUUAUUAUGAUUCAAAAGAUAUCGUACCAACUCCUGCUCCAAAAACUGAUACGUUAUCUGUAAUCUUUGGAUUUGCAGGAAGUGUGGUGGAAAGCGUGGUUUCAAGUGUGGCAGAGAGAGUUGUGCCUAAAAGCUUAUAUGACUUAUUUAAGAGAAUGCAAAGGCAAAGUGAGUUGUUAGAAGCUGAAAAAUUAAGAAGUAAAGAGGAGAAUGGAGGAUUAGGUCAAUUCACUCGUGGUGUACUUAAAAGUAUAUCCUCUGGGUUAAGCAAACCCCUCAGUCAAAUCAUGGCUGGUGUUAGAGAUAUCGGUUCCUUGGAUAGUGACCGUGGUUUCAUCAACAGUUUGGCUUCUGGAGUCAGCAGUGUUGCUGACGUUGCUAAUUCUAUGCUGGAUGUAUUCAAAGACAGGGUCCAAACUAUUUAUCCAGGUACAGUUUGGUGUGGAGGGGGCCACUCUCCCCAGGCUCGAUCGAGCGAUCUUGGGCUAUUUUUCUUUACUGACACCUGCUGCAGAGAGCACGAUGCAUGUAAGAUGUACAUCUUGGCCGGCGAAACUAAAUUUGGGCUUAGUAAUACUGGAUUGUUCACUAGGUCACACUGCAGUUGUGACGCCAAAUUCCGAGAAUGUCUUCAAAAAACCAAUUCUUUAGUGUCAGCACAGAUUGGUCUCACAUACUUCAACGUGCUGGGCCCUCAAUGCUUCAGGAAAGCACAUCCUAUUGUGAAGUGUGUAAGGCGAACCAGGAUCACAAGUCUUAAAUGCGAAGAAUACGAACUCGACUACACGAAACCUAAAAUAUGGCAGUGGUUUGACAACGAGACAUAU